AUGGACAGACACAAAGAUCUAACUGUGAGAAAACCUGAAAGCACUUCUCUAUCCCGUGCGACAAGUUUUAAUACAAGUAAUGUAAACUCAUUUUUUGAGAAGCUAAGCACUGUUUUGCGCAAAUACAAUUUUCCUCCCCAUAUGAUUUUUAACGCCGAUGAAACAGGCUGCAGCACCGUCGCCAAUCCUCCUAAAGUCAUAGCUGAAAGAGGUUCGAAACAAAUUGGGCAAGUUACCUCAGCUGAACGAGGAACAUUAGUAACAACUCUGUUCUUUAUUAAUGCUGCUGGUGGUUUUUUACCGCCUGUUUUUGUAUUUCCUAGAGUAAACUAUAAAGAUCAUAUGUUAAAUAAUGGUCCGCCUGGAGCUCUAGGGUUGGCUCAAGCUUCUGGAUGGAUGACUGAGGAUUGUUUUGUUAAUGCACUUAAACACUUUGUGAUGCAUAUUAGGCCAUCAAAGGCGAAUCCAGCAUUAAUAUUAAUGGAUAAUGACAGCUCUCAUGUGAAUCUCAGAGUGGUUGAAUUUGCCAGACAAAAUUCAAUCAUUAUAGUUACAUUCCCACCGCACUGCAGUCAUAAACUGCAACCACUCGACGUCACAGUAUAUGGGCCUUUCAAAACUAGAUACCGCAUUGCCAUGAAUGAAUGGAUGUUGUCAAACCCCGGUAAAACGGUGACUAUUUAUCAAGUUGGGCAAUUUGUAAAAGAAGCAUAUUUGGCAGGUUUCACUCCUCAUAAUAUAACACAAGGAUUUUUGAAAACAGGAAUUUACCCCUUAAACUCUAAUAUAUUUAAUGAAGAAGAAUUUUUAUCUUCAUACGUCACUGAUAGAUCCGAUCCAUCACAGUCUAACGAUGGUAAUGAGUUGAACUUGGACAAGAAAAAUAUUGAAAGUAACUUGAGAUCAACACCUCCGCCUUCUACAAACACACUUGAUGCUCGCGAAGAAAAUGAGGUUGUAACAGACCAGAUUAUCAGACCAUCUCCCUACUUAACAUCUAACCCUAUUGUUGCGAUUCCGAGUACUUCUAGGCAACAAAUUAUAUCACCGGAAAUGAUAAGACCAUUUUCUAAAGCAGGGCCAAGACAAAACACGACACGCAAUAAUAGAAGAAUGUCGUCUGCCAUCGUGACUGACACUCCCGAAAAGAAAAUAUUAGAAGAGAAAGAGGUUAAUGCGAAAAAAACGAAAAUUAUUUUUAAGAAAAUGACCACAAAACAGUCCAUAAAAACCCUUAAUAGAAAAUCAAGAAAAAAUCAUGAAAAUUCCGUACUACCAGAUGACUCUGAUUCGUCUGACUCCAAAACAAAUAAAAACAGUGAUGAUUGCGUAGUUUGCAGCAAAUCAUAUGAAAACAGUGAUCAAGAUUGGUUUCAGUGCAAAAUUUGUUCUGACUGGGCUCAUGAAUCCUGUGGCAUUAAGGGAAAAUUUAAUUUCUUUUGCAAGACAUGUUUUUAA